ACAUUUUGCCAAGUGGGGAGAAAGGUAUUCUUUUGAAACAUGAAGACUAUGAUUCUGCUACUUUAUCUUCUAGGGUCAACUCAGUCAUUACCGACGCAGCUCAACCCUGUUUUGGGACUUCCUCCAACAAAACCGGCUCCACAUCAGGCAACACUACUAAACCAGCAGCAGCCAAAUCAGGUACUCCCCUCUUUAAGUCUGAUACCACUGACGCAGAUGUUCACACUAGGGUCAGAUCUGCAGCUGCUAAAUCCUGCUGCAGAGAUGCCACCUGGUACCCAGACCCUCCCCCUGAGCCUGGGGGUACUGAACACACAACAGCAGCUGCAAUCCCAAAUGUUACCAGUUAUUGUAGCACACGUUGGAGCCCAUGGUGCUAUCAUAAGCUCAGAAGAAUUGCCGGUGGCCCCACAAAUCUUCACAGGACUCCUUUUUCAGCCACUGUUCCCGGGAUCCAGCCUGCCUACCAGUCCAGCUAAUCCAGAGGCCCAGAAUGGAAUCCUUCCUGCAGGGCAAGCCGGAGUGAAUCCUGCCGUCCAGGGAAUUCCAGAGGGCUUUUCCACAACUCCCAGUGACAUAGACGAUGACUUUGGAGUGACCGCCCCUGCAGGCAUCCAAAAGGGCAUGCACACCACCCAGGAAACCACCACUGGGUCUCCAAAUGGAAUUCAGUAAGCUGUUUCAAGUUUUUUCAACUAAGCCUCCUCACAUGUGGUGAUACAUGAGAAUCUUCCUCACUGAUCAUGUCAUGGAGACACACUAGAGAGUAUCA